AUGGGCAAUAAAUCCUCGUCGCAUCAACCUCCAGCAUAUCGAUCCCAGCAACACAACUAUCACUAUCCACCACCCCAUCUGAAUCCCAUUCGAUUGCCUAUGCCUCCACCGAAUGCCCAACAUCCGCUCUAUCCAGGUCCACCACCGUACAACCAUCCGAAUCAAUUUAUUCGUAGCAGUCAACAAUUCCAUCAUCAGUCAAUGACAUCGCUUCAUCACCCAUCAAAUGCUGCCGCUGCUGCUGCAACUGAUUCUGGUUAUAUGACAAGUCCAUCUGAGAACGCUGAACGAUGGAAAGCACAACAGGUGUGUGUGUGUGUGUGUCUGUGCUCAUUUCUUAGCGUUUAUCAAUUCGAUGUUCUUCCAUUACCGUUACACAUUGUUCUAAACACAUUGCUUACUCAUAGUCUGGUGUUUGCGCGAUUCUCGUUCUUGCGACAAAACACUCAUUUUGACAAGUUUCACUUUUUAAUGAAAACAUUCGAGUGCGCCUCAAUCAUCUGA